AUGUCAGAAAGAUUGGUGAUUUACAGAGCUUUGUUUGGGGAGAGUCAUGGUGGUUUACAAUGGAAAAGUUUCAUUGACACCAUAAAGAUGAAAUCAGUGAGACGGUUCACCACCAUUCCAUUGUUGUCUAGCCUUGGAAUCCAAGGUGGCGUCCAGGCCUAUCGCGGCAUCUCCUUCAAUGUGAUUGGUGCCACCUGGGAUGACAAACCCUUUCUCUGUAACACAGAAAGAGACGUAGCAGCAGCCACCAAAACAAAAAGGAGAGGAGAAAUUCUGUCCAGUGAUCAAGCUAUCCGAUCAACAAGCAUCUGUGGUCCGAUUGAGCUGAAAUUUGGCGGCGUCCAGGCCUAUCGCCGCAUCUCCUUCAAUGUGAUUGGUGCCACCUGGGAAACCCGUACAGUAAAUAAUCUACCAGUGCUUAACCCCGAAAGUAAAGUGCGGGUUGGGAAAGGAUUCAUUCUGGUCAGUCUCAUCAAUGGCGACACAGUCACCUUGGCAAUAGAUGUGGUAAACCUUUAUGUGGUGGCUUUUAGUGGUGCAAAUAACAAAUCCUACUUUUUCAAAGACGUUACGGCACUUCAAUAUAGCAAUUUAUUCGUCGGCACCCAAAAAACCAACCUAACCUUCACCGGCAAUUAUGUCAGCCUUGAGGACCGGUCAGGUAAGGAAAGGAACUCUCUCCCUCUGGGACCAACUCCCCUAGCUGACGCCAUCAUAAGGUUGUGGAACGGUAGGAGCGUAGCUGAACCACUCCUUGUGGUCAUUCAGAUGGUCUCGGAAGCGGCAAGGUUCCAAUACAUUGAGGUACAAGUCGGCAAAAGCAUAGCAAAUCAAACCAUGUUUACACCAAAAGGUUUGAUAACGAGCAUGGAGAACAAAUGGUCGAAAAUGUCCAAGCAGAUUCAGCUUUCGGCGGAUAGAGAACACUUCAUUAAGAGCGUUCAACUUAAAAAUGACAAUGACGAGCCCCUCAUAGUAAACAACUUUACUACACUCUGGCGCUAUACCAUGGUUGCGAUUCUUCUCGACAAAAAUGUCACGACUAAUAGUAGUAGUAAUAGCAAUAUUGCUCUAGCCGAGGAUUACCACAACAACAAAUUGCGAAAACUCUAA